CACUGGCCGAGUGGUCAGAUAUUCCGAGCUCAAUACAGAUUUACAGGCCGGCAUUUACUACUAUAGACCCGACGAACCAGAACCACUUCUCCUUGACCCGGAUUUAAUGGACAACAAGGCUUCAGAUUCAUCAGCCAUCUCCAUUCGCCAGCGCGAUUUCGCACGGGACGUGAUUGAUCGCGACGGAACCUGUCUGAUGACUGGCGCAGCAACAAACUUUCAGGCUUGUCAUAUCAUACCUCACGCAAAGGGUAGUGAGAGUUCUCAUUCCAGGCCCCAGUACAUUAGCGGUCUUGCCGACCACAGGAAUGAGGUUUUGGAUCCACCCUUGGAUGACAUCAAUGAUCCACGUAACGGAAUCCUGCUUUCUCCAACACCCAAUUUUGCGAUGUCUGUCAACGACGUGGCUGUCGUCAUGCAACCCAAUGCCCAACAUCUGGGCUUCAAUCCAUCAAUUGCCACCAGUCGCCUCACAUUUCAGCACUUCAGUGCCCCUGAUGUUGUCACUGCGCUCGUGGCACCUCACAAUUCGGAUGCGAGGCAACGUGUGGGCCAUGAUAACUGGCCACCAACUCUUCUCUUCGACAUCUCCUAUGGCUGUGCUGCCCUCCACGCCUGGGGGGUGCCUCAGUUUGUGGAAUUGGCCCGACAGCGUACUAAGUAUAUUUAUUAUGAAGACAACGACGACGACGGUGAGAACGAUGAUGGUGGUGAGGGCGACGACGGCAGUGAUGAUGGUGGUGAUGGUGGUGAUGGCGGCCAUAGUGAUGAUGGUGGUGAUGGGGAGCCAGAUGUUCAGCUGAUGUCUGAACGUGCUUCGCGGGGUGCUGCACGAGAGAAGAGGAAGUCUGAACCUGCUUGGCGGGCUACUCCACGAAAGAAGAGAAAGCGGGAAAUGGACUCUCAGACCCCUGACUUUGCUGACAUUAUCUUAGCAUUGUGGACGCACAACGCGAGGAAGGGCUCAGAGCGUCUGCGCUUGUCACUUUCAGAUGCAAUUUCCGAUACCAUCCACGAUGAUACCAUUGAUACCUCUUGUCUUUCUGUAUACCAGCCUACACAAGCACAGGCACCAACAGCUUCACAACAGCCACACGGAUGGCUUGUCCUCAACAUCUACAACACCAUGCUACCGCUCGCCCUCAACAUCUACAGUAUUCUCAGCAGCAUGCAUCUCUCUAAACUUACAGACAAACUUGAAGCAAACGGAUGUCUGCUUGACGCAACGCGAACCGAUGACGGCAAACAUGGUAUUCUGAGAAAAUUCUACUCCUCUUCGGGAAGUGCUGAAGCAGAAAUCUCGCUGCUGUUUUCUGGCGAACCCCACGUUUCCAACCCCGAAAAAUCACUGCAUCCCGACCACCAUUCUCGACGUGCCGAACGAAGAAGAUACUCAACUAGUUGGGAGGAGCCAAAAUUUGACACAAUAGGAGAGGUCGUUGAUUUCUUUCGUCAGGUAUUCGAGGGUCUUCAAUAUCUGCAUAUCAACACCGGAUGGGGCGCCGGCGAUGGGACAAUCUCAGAGUUCAAGAAGGACGAAUUUUGCGAUCCCUUUUCCGUUGUUGUUGAAAUUCCAAACAACCCAUUUUCCAAUGGGAGGCGUUUGAUCGUUGUCGAUACACUAGAGAUAUUUGGCGACUUUUCGGAAUCUAUAGGCGCAUUCAACGAUCUCAAGGACUGCCUACAACGCAUAGACCAACGAAAAGCCCUCGUCGCGGCUCUCCCCAAGGCGUGCGCCUUUUCCCUUCUCAGUCAUCCCUCCCUCCUCCCUUCUUCUCUCUCCCAUCCUCCAUCUUCCCUCCCUUCAUAUGACACGUACUUACAAACCGAAAACGUCUCCUCCACGAAACUCAUCCUCUUCCAAUACGUCGCUACCAUCAAAUGUUUGAGGAUUGUCGAUCCACCGGGAGUGCUGUUCUUCAAAGUCGCGGAUUUUGGUUCCUGCUGUCGCACUGGAUCGCUUUGCUGUCAAGAGCUUUACUUGAUGCGGGCAAGACCCAACUUUGAACUAAUGAGGGGUCAGACUCCUCUAGCCACCCUUGUUCGCCAUAACUCGCUCGCUCUCCUUACGACAUUCGUUGCCAAGUUUCAGACGCCCUGA